AUGCUGUUUUGCACACAUUUGGAGGAAUACGCGGCCGAAAAGCCCUUAACUGAACGCAAAUAUCUAUUAAUAGCGAUCACAAGAAUCGCCUGCUUUUUAGAGACAAUUCGUUUCCCCGUUUCGGAAAUGUUUCAAAAAUUCCCGACUGUUCAAUACGUUUGCUGUAAUUUCAGUUAUUUAAUGGGCGACCACUUCUUCUCGUCGUCGUGGCUCUUCAAUAUGGCUCUCGUCAUCACUUCCGUUUCACUCGUCAUCGCAUACCAGGAGGUCAAUCAAAUGUUGCAUAUAUUAAAGAUAUGGCACUUAAUUCUCACCAAACGUAUCGCUUAUCCACUCAACCGAUCCAACGAAGAGAAGUUGGCGUUUAAACUCAAUUUGUUGCUCAAAUAUCUCAUGGAUUUAACGUUUGAAAUCUCGGUGUUUAUACAAUUUGGCGCAUGUUUUCUAUUCUCAAUUAUUGCAUACUUUGACACCAAAACCGAUUACUCGCUAAUAAUGACAAUCCUGUGGACUGUCAUUAUGUUUGUGUUUACUGUCCAGACAAUGGCUAUACUAUGGGCGGGUGUUAUCUUCUGGUACGCGUCCACUCUUUACCUCAAAUUAAAGUUUAGAGAAAUAAACGCCAAAAUCGAGAGGAGCUUAACGUCGGGUGAUGUGAACCAACUGUUGAGAGCCAUCAAUGAGCACAACUUUGUCGGACAAAUCACAUCGGAUUUCAACAAAUUCUUCUCCAAAAUGAUUUUCAUAAUCUACUAUUUGGCUACUCCUGGCUUUCAGAUCGCCCUCUUCGGCACCCAUAAGCCCGACACUUCACUCUUGGGUCGCGUAAUAUACGGUUUAGUGACCGGCUUUUGUUUCGCAGCCGUAAUGCAAAUGAAUGUAAUGAGCACUUGGAUUAGUAAAGAGGCCCAUAAGUCAUACCCACUUCUCUAUGCAUUUCUAAUCCGCCGGAGAUUUGAUUUGACGAAACGGCUUAAAGUAGAGUGGUGGACUCGUAUGUAUGAUCUCCUCUGUUAUGAUGAGAUCGGAAAUCGCGUCCAAAUUUCUGACCAAAAAUUGGCCACAAUUCACAAGAAAUGUGUUGACGACAGACAUAGCCUCAGUUAUGGCUUACAUAAAAGAGACGACGACAGCUAUCCGGACGAUCACCACAACGACCCGAUCCUUAGCUGCACUAACGCUAAGAUUGAGUCACAGAGAGAUCUAUUGAACGCUUUUUGUGAUGCGAAAACAUUUUCCUGUAUUAAACAAAAGCCAUUAUUUGAUUCAGUAUUGGAUUCCGGCAGCGAUUCAACGGCUUUGAAACAACAACUUGUCAAACGGUUUGACGGCAUCGCAGAGGUCUUAUGUAAUGAUAAACAACAGAUCAGUGACGACCAGUUGGCACAACUCGAGACCAAAUGCGGCUCUAAUAAUACCACUACUGAGUUAACGGAUCGGCAAAAGGUUUUGUCACUUUGCGGGACACAAAAGGCUUGUAUUGUUGAUAAUUGGGUGAAGAAGUUUGAUAGCGCUAAGUCAGAAGAAUGUAAAAAGUUUUGCGAUAUGGGAGACAAAUAUAUU